GCUCCUCUGGCGAGUCGGGGAGUUUCACUUCGGUUUUCGUAGAGGAGGAAACUUGGGCAUCCUGCAUAUCUUUUGUUUUUUUGUUCUUGUUUUGUUGUGUUGAUAAUUUUAUUCUGAACAUGGCUGAGAAGGGAGACGUGGUGGACACGGUGUCCCUUCCACCAACUUAUGCACCGUCGGAGGCUUAUACAGAAUCACCACCACCGGCCUACAAGAGAGCCAAGAGCACCACGGUACAGGUGGCGCGCAUGGUGUGCAUUACUCUCCUGGCGGCGGCUUUCAUGAUCGGCUUCUUCACCCUCACUUCCAACUACUUGAGCGCGAAGCAGUGUGAUUGCCACAACACCGGCCACAAACACGACAACCUUCACUCAGCAAGCGUUCUCCCCCAAGUCGAGAAGCUGGUAGGGGAAGAAGGACUGAACAAAGUGGAAGAAGUGAAUGAGAAUGGAAUUGACGCUUCCGAGGCGCCCAUCCUCUCCAAGGACAUCCUCCAGCAGGAUCAGCAGGAAGAAGCAGUGCCCGAUGCCCAGGAAGAGACCGACAACAUUCCUGAGGAGGAGGUAGAAGCCCUGGUUGAAGAAGUUGCUGAAAUAGAAGACGCUGAGAGAAAGAUUGAGGAAGAAAUAGAAGUCCAGGAGAUCAUGCAGAAAGAGAUUGAAGAAAUGAAAAAGAAAAUUAAACUCCCAAUUGACCUCAUCCUUGGUAAUCCUUCCUUGGCUGGUCGUGAUGUCAACUGCGAAGUUGAGCGCCGCCAGCAGCCUAUCGGAGGCGGCAUUGUGACCCAAGCAAUCAUUGUCACCUGCAGUGACGACGACAGCAGCAACGACAGACCCGGAAUCAUUGUAUCGCCUCCUGGCCCUCGUCCUUUCGGACCCCCUCUCUCUCUUCUGGCACCCAUCAUGAAGAUGCUCUCAUCCAAGGCAAAGGCUCGCAUGGUCAAGCCCAUCCAGAUCAAAACUAUGGCCGGACCACCUCCAUUCGCUCUCCCAGCUCCAUUCACUCUCCCAUCCGGCCCCAGGCCUUGCUCUCCAAAUGACCCCUUCCCAUGCAUCAUGAACCAGCCUAAGAAUUUAGGGCCAUUCCCAGGUCCCGUCAACGGACCAUUCCCUAUGCCAGUUCCAAUGAACGGUCUAGUACAUUUCAACGGACCUAUGCCAGGCCCAUUCUCUGGACCAUUCCCUGGCUCCAACGGUCCCCUCCCAAUUGCAAACGGUCCUUUCCCCGGCCCUUUCCCAGGACCAAACCCUGAUCAGAUCUCCAGAAGCCUUCACAUGCCACUAAAUGGACCCAUGCCAAAUGACAUUCGCGGCCCUUUCCCUGGACCAAACCCUGAUCAGAUCUCCAGAAGCCUUCACAUGCCACUAAAUGGACCCAUGCCAAAUGACAUUCGCGGCCCUUUCUCAGGACCUUUCCCAUCCCCAUCUGAUGUCCCUCUUCCAGUAGCCCCAAAAAUUUUGAUGCAAGGCCCAAUCAUUUCUGAAAACUUCAUGGAUGAUGAGCCCCAACACCGAAUGAUGCCCUUGGCACUCCGUCCCCUGCCACGCGUAUCUCCUCGCAUGCCCAAAAUCCUAGCUUUUGCCACUCGUCCCGAGAAGCAGGUACCUCAGACUCUCAUCUCUUCCCUUCAGCGUGGAGCUAACAAGGUUCCUCAGAGAGAACCAAAGAUCCUCUCAGCAUUCCCUGAACCCCAAGGACGUGCCCUUCCUUCACCCGUUUCACUGCCGAGUCUUCGUCUCCUGCCAGCACGACUUCUCUCUGGACCAGUCUCAUCUACACUUGUUCCAGUCAUGAGAGGAAUCAGACGCAACGACGAACCUCGUCCCAUCACCCACAUGGAAAUGCGCAAACCAGAGCCCCUCCCAAAUUUGCCAGACUUCGAACCCCGUUUCCCUGACUUUGGACCCCCCAGAGUGCACACCGUGAUCAACCCCGAGAGACCCGUUUUCAACCAGUUCCCUCCAAACACUCCACCCAAAAUCGGCGAGCUUGACCCUGCCAAGAUCGUUUCCAAGAUCAUCGAGGUCAACAGCCGUCCCAUGCCUGUGGACGUCAUGUCCCCACCUAAGCCCGUCGCAGUCAUUCACAAGGUGGAGCCACUGGCCGGAUCCCAGAUCCCCAUCUUCCUCCCACCACCUCCCCCACCUCCUUCCUCCAUCAGCUCCCUCCCCUCCCCCACCACAGAUGGACCCAGAGGGACGCGUUGGAGACGUCCACAACAUGGAACCUGAGGCAGAGUUCGUCCCCCACCAAGAGCAGCCACCAACCCCCCCACAAGCUUCUCCCCUUCUGGACGGGACCCCCCAGGAGAUUCACGAACGCGCCCCCCAGCCCGCUGAGGACCGCAGGCACCACCUCCUCAUCGUCAACUAAGACGCACCGAGUUUGGUGGACUGAGGCCGCCUCUGUGAGGGGUGAAACCAACCAAGCCGCGGACAAAGGCUACAAUUAUAUAUAGUAUAUAUAAUAUAAUAUAAAAAGAUCCCGAUUAUCGUCCUGAGUGAUAACCAUGUGACAUAUCAAGAAGCCUUAACCAAUGGAUAGAAUCUCAAAGCUGUAAUCGGACAAUAACCAAAUACAAUAAAUGUUUUGUUACUUAUUUACUGUAAAUUAUCGUCUUUCUUUUUAAAUUAUAUCGUUCAAAUUACGAUCCCCCCCCAAACCCCACCUGUAAAUUAUGAUUUCUCCGGAGAGGAUACUGGUCUAAGUAGACCUUUUAAGCAGUCAACAACCUACGUCAAACAAAAGUUGAGAAUUCUCAUUGCAUGGAAUGUCUACUUAAUCCAUAUUUCGGUCUCCAUCUUUAAUUUAGUAUAUCUCUUAAAUUUAAGGAAUAAAACAAUAUCUUCGAAGCAAUUUCUUACACGGACUAAGAUUUCCUCAUAGAGCACCACAUCAUUAGUUUUAUCUUGCUAAUCAACAAAGAAGUAUAACGUUAGCGAAGAUGACGUCAUUUAUACAGCCAAUACAAUAAAUAGGCUUUCGUAAACUAAAUGUAUAUUGCAAAAAAAUAAUAAUAAUAACAUGUCUUCCAUAUCAUUAUGAUAUACAAAAAAACUUGUCUUCCAUAUCACUAUGAUAUACAAAAAAAACUUCUGCAUCUAUAGAUGAAGAUUUUUAGUUUAUAAGGUUACCUACCUAAUACAAGAUAAAUUGAAGAAUUCUAAUUAUCUUUAUUUUUACAACAGAAAAAGUAUUCUGGGCGGUUCAUUCAUUAAAUGCUGAUUGCUGAGACACACAGAAUGACGCCAUAAUUUUUUUUGUAUUAUUCUACAGUAGAAUAAAAAAUGAUAAAAUAA